AUGGCUCCCUCGGCUGCGGCUACUACUACUACCCAGGAGCAAGCUGCUCCCUCAUUCUUCAAGCUACAGUUUGGCAACUACAAGGAGCUCGAUGCCACCGACCUGGACAAGGACGUCGAAACUGGCAAGGUUGGCAACAAUGGAGCCAAAUAUCCUCACUACCUUCCCACGUGGAAUCCCGAGCAAAAGUACCCGCCUCUCGAGACGCACGAGCACUACGAACACGGCAAAGAUGCCGACCCGUCAUACCCCAACCUCCUGCCCCAAGGCACCAAAGUCUCCCAUCUCACACCGACCAUUGGCUCCGAAGUCUCGGGCAUCCAACUGUCGUCCCUCACGGCCGCCGGCAAGGACGAGCUAGCGCACUUUGUCGCCAAGCGCAAGGUCGUCGCCUUCCGCAACCAGGACUUUGCCGACCUCCCCAUCCAGGACGCCCUCCGGUUCGGCUCGUACUUUGGCCGCCACCACAUCCACCCCACCUCUGGCGCCCCCGAGGGCCACCCCGAGAUUCACCUCGUCCACCGCGGCGAGGGCGACCGGGGCGCUGCCGAGUUCUUCGAGGAGCGCACCACCUCGGUGGCCUGGCACGCCGACGUCUCGUACGAGAAGCAGCCCCCCGGCACCACCUUUCUGUACAUCCUGAACAAGCCCGAGACGGGGGGUGACACGCUGUUCGUCGAUGCCGUCCAGGCCUACAGGCGCCUGAGCCCCUUGUUCCAGCAACGCCUGCACGGCCUGCGGGCCACGCACUCCGGCAUCGAGCAGGUGCACGCCGCCGCGGUGCGCAACAGCAUCAUGCGGCGGGAGCCCGUCGUUCACGACCACCCCAUUGUGCGGACGCACCCUGCCACGGGUGACAAGGCCCUCUUUGUCAACCCACAAUUCACGCGCGACAUCGUCGGCCUCAAGCGAGAGGAGUCGGACGCCAUUCUCAAGUUCCUGUACGACCACCUCGCGUACGGCGCCGACUUCCAGGCCAGAGUCAAGUGGGAGGAGGGCACCGUCGUGGUCUGGGAUAACCGGGUGACGCAGCACACCGCCCUGGUGGACUGGGAGGACGGCCAGCGUCGCCACCUGGCGCGCAUCACGCCGCAGGCCGAGGUGCCGUACGAGACGCCCUUUGAGGCGGGCCAGUGA